AUGGAGAAUUUGUACUGGGACGAAGAUGGCGGUGAUGGAAGACCAUCAUCGAUGGCAGUCCUAUUGCAAUGGCUCUCGGAUCCCAAGAAUGCGAAGUGCUGGUGGGAAUCGUCAAACGAACGAAAUACGACACGUCGUGUUGCGGUGGUAGAUGAGAUCUAUGGUUCGUUACUGGUCCAUGGUAUCAAGCAUCGCUCGCGUGGCAGUGUUGACGUCAAGGUUUUGGAGCUAAUGCACAGCUUCGAGAAGGUGGAUCAUUGGCUACAAAGGAAAGGCAUUUACUAUCUGGAUCGCAAUAGUAGGGCAGAGCGAAAGGUAUUGAAGGCAUGUCCGUAUUAUCGGGAACUUUCACGUUUACUGCAGUCUUCUCGACCCGUUGGAGUUGUGAUCUCUCACGGCCACAGCAUAGAUGCAGCCUCUUUCAGGACGGUGAAUGAUGCUUUGGAGUAUUUCGAUAACGAUGAUGUGACGACGUAUAACAUUGGCUUCAAGCGCUUACUCAACAACGACAAUGGCGAAACUACCAGGAAGGAGGUCAAUGGCACGAAGAUUGACAUAUAUGAUGCCGGCCAAAGACGCCUAUUGGAAGCCGAGAAGGCCGUUCGUCAUGAACUCUUCAAGCUCGAGCUACAAGCUAAGCGGGAUGAGGCCAUUUGUGUGAGAGUGAAAUCGCGCAAGGAACUGCUUGAGCUGGGGGUUACUAUCGAAGAAGUAAACCGCCUCAUGCCGUUGUGA